CGGCUUCAGUAAGGGAGGGGGCGAGUGGGGGGUGCAUACAUAUAUAUACAAGCGUCCAGCUGCCAGAUGGGGGCUUUACUGCAGCAGCUCUUGCAAAACCUCAUUGGUCCAAAAAUGGCUCAUGCAUGGGGAUACGCUGCGAAUAACGGACCAGACAAAUGGGUGGAUUCUUUCCCCAUCGCCAACGGACCGCGUCAGUCCCCCAUUGACAUCGUACCGGGCCAUGCGUCCUACGACGGCGGGCUGAAGCCGCUCAACCUCAAGUACGACCCGUCCACCUGCCUGGACAUCCUCAACAAUGGCCAUUCCUUCCAGGUCACCUUCAUGGAUGACACCGACAGCUCCAUUCUGACCGGCGGUCCCAUCUCGGGUGUGUACCGGCUCAAGCAGUUCCACUUCCACUGGGGGGCUUCUGACGACAGGGGCUCCGAGCACACGGUGGCCGGGAACAAGUACCCCGCUGAGCUUCAUCUGGUGCACUGGAACACCAAAUACGCCAGCUUUGGCGAAGCUGCUAGCAAACCAGACGGACUUGCUGUCGUGGGAGUUUUCCUGCAGAUUGGUGAUGAAAAUGCCAGCCUCCAGAAGGUUCUGGAUGCCUUCAGUGCCAUCAAGACUAAAGGCAAGCAGACCACCUUCACGGGAUUCGAUCCCGCCACCUUGCUCCCCCCUUGCCUGGACUACUGGACCUAUGAUGGCUCCCUGACCACUCCUCCUUUGCUGGAGAGCGUCACCUGGAUCGUUUGCAAGGAUCCCAUCAGCGUCAGCUCGGCGCAGAUGGCCAAAUUCCGCAGCCUGCUUUUCACCGCCGAGGGUGAGGCUGAGUGCUGCAUGGUGGACAACUACCGUCCCCCGCAGCCGCUCAAAGGUCGCCAAGUCCGCGCUUUCUUCAAGUGAGCAUGUUCUUACCCCUCCCACACCCACUUCCCCCCACCCCCCUCUUUUUAGUCCUGGAAUUACAGUGCGCACCAAAGCUCACGUAUCUCCACCUCCGUCCAAUAUUCCCGACAUGGAAUUUGAUUCCAGUUGAUUGAAAGCCCUGUGGAGCACUUAGCAGGGGGGGUCACUAUGCAGGAAAGAAGCCAGCAUCUUUUUUUUUUUGGGAGUUCUCAGGACGCUAAACAUGGACCAGACGUUGGCCGCCGGCGUUGCACGACUGACCCGCUUAUCGAUUUAUUGGAUUCUCACACAUCCAUCACGACAGGACACCAGGGGCGCCAGGCUAACUCUUCGCCACUGCACGUCCCCCAAACCUGCCUAUGUGUCACCCUGUUGUGUUUUUAUUCCAUUUUGUGUAAAUGAUGUGAAUGUGUCAAAAGAAAGUGUGUCACAAAGCUGAAAAAGCGCACAAUCAACACAGCCAAGAAGACGAGAUGCUGCCAAACGACAAAAUUACACGCUCAGUUUAUGAGUUAGAAACAACAUCUCCCCACUGCUUUUCAUCCUGAAUCAUUAUGAAUAAAAAAAGAUUGUAAUUCAUUGAAUUUUUAAGGAAGAAAAAAUGCCUUAUUGUGCCAGUAGUUGUGUGUUAUCCUAUUUUGGAAGUGGAUACUUGACCAGUGGAAUAAAUCUAUUUUAAAACUUAAA